AUGACCCAAGAGGAUGAACACAUCCAGGACGAGGUCCUGAGACACAGCCUAGAGGACCCGGAAGACUUCUGGGCACACCAAGCAGAGCAUCUGUACUGGCACAAACACCCGUCGACAGUCCUUCGCCGGAGCCAACGGAAGUUGGCGAGCGGUGUCACUCACGACAACUGGGAGUGGUUCCCCGAUGGCGAGAUCUCUACAUGCUUCAACUGCAUUGACCGCCAUGUUCUCGAUGGCCAUGGCCACGAGGUAGCCAUCUACUAUGACAGUCCCGUUACCAAUACCAAAGACCAGUACACCUACCAGGAGCUCCUCGAUGAGGUCAGAGUAUUAGCUGGUGCCCUACGAGAAGGGGGUGUCAAGAAGGGCGAUGUGGUCAUGUUAUAUAUGCCCAUGAUUCCUUCGGCCAUCAUCGGAACACUUGCCAUCAACCGCAUUGGCGCCAUCCACUCCAUAGUUUUUGGCGGCUUUGCCCCCAAUGCCCUCGCUCAGCGUAUAGACGCUUGCCGGCCCGUCGCUUUACUUACAGCUUCCUGUGGCAUCGAGGGCAACAAGCCCCCUAUUUCCUACCAACCUUUGGUUGAGGAGGCACUCAGCAUCUCCGUACACAAGCCCAGAAGAACCAUCAUCUGGCAGCGUGACCAGCUACGAUGGCACCCGGUCAACAAGGACGCCGGGCAGGCCACAUGGCAGCAGAUGAUCAGAAGUGCCCGGGCAAGGAACAUCAGGGCCGACUGCGUUCCAACCAAGAGCAACGAGACCAUCUACAUCAUCCACACCUCGGGGACCACCGGCGCACCAAAAGGCGUGCUGAGGGACGCCGGCGGCCACGCCGUCGGACUGCACCUCUCCAUCAGCUACCUCCUCAACAUCCACGGGCCCGGCGAUGUAACCUUCACAGCAUCAGACAUCGGCUGGAUCGUCGGCCACUCGUACAUCAUCUACGCGCCUCUGCUCGCCGGCGCCGCCACCGUCGUCUACGAGGGCAAGCCGAUCGGCACCCCCGACGCAUCCGCCUUCUGGCGCAUCGUCGAGGAAUACAAGGUCAACUCCAUGUUCACGGCGCCAACCGCCCUCCGGGCCAUCAAGCGCGACGACCCGGACAACAAGUUCCUCGCCGAGGUUGGCAAGCGCGGUGGCCUGCGCACCCUGAAGGCCCUGUUCCUCGCUGGCGAGCGUUCAGAGCCGACCAUCAUCUCGAUGUACCAGGAGCUCCUGGAGAAGUACGGAGCGCCGGAUCCUCACGUAAUCGACAACUGGUGGUCGACGGAGUCCGGGUCGCCCAUCACAGCUCGGUCCUUGUCUCCUCACACCGGCAAGCACCGCAAGACAAACAUACGGGAGCACUCCCCGCCGCUUCUCAAGCCCGGAAGCGCAGGAAAGGCCAUGCCGGGCUUCGAUAUCCGCAUCGUCGACGACGACGGCAAGGAACUCCCAAGGGGCGACAUGGGCAACAUUGUCCUCGGCCUACCGCUUCCCCCGACCAGUUUCCGAACCCUCUGGGAGGACGAGGAGAGAUUCUGGCGCAGCUAUCUGAAGAGAUUUAAUGGGAAAUGGAUGGAUACCGGAGACGCUGGCUACAUAGAUGCGGACGGGUAUGUCCAUGUAAUGGCAAGGAACGAUGAUGUCCUCAACGUCAGCGCACAUCGACUGUCGAGUGGUGGUAUCGAGCAAGCUAUUGCUGCUCACCCUCUGGUGGCCGAGGCAUGUGUUGUACCCAUUCCUGAUGCUCUCAAGGGCCAACUCCCCUUUGCCUUCAUCACAUUAUCCACCAGUGAGCACCCCACCGACGCCAUCCCAUCCGCCGAGAUCUCAGCGGAGAUCCAAAGCUUGGUGCGUCGCCAGGUGGGUGCUAUUGCUUCCCUCGGUGGGAUCAUACAGGGCAAGGGCAUGAUCCCCAAGACUCGCUCGGGCAAGAGCCUCCGGAGGGUCCUGAAGGAGCUGGUGGAGAACGGAGUGCAGGGUGACUUUAGCAAGGAGGUGACGGUUCCCAGUACCGUAGAAGAUGCUUCCGUGGUGGACGUGGCACGCGAGAAGAUCAAGGAGUAUUUCGCCCAGAAGGGCGAUCGUCACGCCGAGGUGGAUGGCAUGAUCAAGGCAAAGCUGUAG